CGCGGCCGCCUUCAGUCUGCUGCGUCGGCCCGGCCAGCAGCAGCCUAAGGAGGAGGCUCCGCGCCGCUCGCUCGCUGCCCCCCUCCGGCCCGGCUAUGGCCUCCCUGCUCUGCUGCGGGCCCAAGCUGGCCGCCUGCGGCAUCGUGCUCAGCGCCUGGGGCGUCAUCAUGCUGAUUCUCCUGGGGAUUUUUUUCAACGUUCACUCGGCUAUUCUCAUCGAAGACGUUCCCUUCACGGAGGAAGAUUUCAAGGAUGGCCCGGAGAAGAUUCACCGUCUCUACGAGCAAGUCAGCUACAACUGCUUCAUCGCGGCCGGGCUGUACGUGCUGCUCGGGGGCUUCUCCUUCUGCCAGGUCCGGCUGAACAAGCGCAAAGAGUACAUGGUGCGCUAGGACCCUGCCGGGGACAGCCGCCCCCCCUGGACCUGCCAUGCCCCUCUAUUUAUUACAGCCUCUCCCUGGCGCCCCCUUUGCUUGGGAGUCGCUCUGCCGGUGGGGGCUUCGUCAGGGGGCACCCACCCCCUGGGACGCUGCUGACCCCCGGCCUUAAGAGAUUGUAAAGGUGGGGGGGUCUCCAGUUGUGGG